AUGAGAUUGCAAGGAAAUCAGUUAGGCACACAUUUGGAAGAGUUAAGAAACUUUGCCAAUUGGAUUUUGGCAAUCGGUGAUGGAAACAUUGGAAGGUCUAUUGAUGACACUGAGACUAUUCCAAUCCCUAAUGAUAUUCUUAUUAAUGAUUGUACAGAUCCAAUAUCAGCAAUUGUAGAUAGUACAUAUCCUGAAUUCUACAAUUACUCCAAUGAUCUAGAUUACCCCCAGCAAAGAAAAAUUCUUGCUUCAACUCUAGACAUGGUGGAUUCGAUCAAUGAAUUUAUGGUAUCACUUAAUAAUAAUCCUGAGAAUACAUAUUUGAGUUCUGAUACAGUUUGUAUGUCUGAUCAUUAUUUUACGGCAUUGGAGCAUGUGCACACAUCGAAAUUCCUAAACAAUAUCAAGUGUUUUGGAAUUCCAAAUCACUCAAUCACAUUGAAGGUAGGUGUAUCGAUAAUGUUAUUGAUAAAUAUAGAUCAAUUAUCAGGAUUGUGUAAUGGGACGAGGCUGGUCAUCAUAAGACUUGGAGAUCGGGUUAUAGAAGCUAAGGCUUUAUCCGAAAAAAUGGCAGGUGAAAAAAUAUUUAUCCCAAGAGUGAGUUUGACACCAUAUGAUGCGAGAAUACCUUUCAAGUUUCAGCGAAGAUAA